UUCUUCGCCCCUACGUUUCCUUCUUCUUCUCAUCGUCUUCGUCUUCUUCACCCAAAACCCCUACCAGGUUACCAAAGCAGAAGAAUUUCCCCCGCCGCCUCUGCCGCUGCCGGCGACCACUGCCUCCGCAAUGCCUCCGCCGGACGCGGCCACCUACGCUCCCACGCUGCCAAUGGCGACGUACCUCCCAAUCGGGACCCCCUCCUCCUCCUCCUCCUCCCCCGCCGCCGCUGCUGGGGCCCCCGAGCCCCAAACCCUACCCUUCUUCCUCUCCCCGCUCCCGCUCCCACCCCCGCCUCUCCCCGCGGGGCACCGCGUCCUCUCCUCGCUGCCCCCGCCUCCUCCGCGGUGGCCGAUCGCCGUCCGCGUCCCUCCCGCCUUCCUCUUCGAGGCGGAUUUCCGCCGGAGCCACUCCCUCGUCCAGUUCUUGGAGAACGAGGGGGCCGUCCCGACGGUGGAGGAGGAUAAGACGAGGGAGCAGGUCAUCCGCAAGCUCAAGGAGAUUGUGAUGGAUUGGGCCAAGGUGGUGGCCUAUGAGCAGAGGGUGCCCCCGAGGCGGGUUACGGCUACCGUCUUGACCUACGGUUCUUACACAUUAGGGGCACAUGGUCCUGAAUCCGACAUUGAUGCGCUCUGUGUUGGUCCCUGUAUUGCAACAUUGCAGCACCAUUUCUUUGUUGCUCUGCGGCAAAUUCUUGAGCGCAGGCUGGAAGUUUCAGGCAUGCAGACCGUAGAAAAUGCUAAGGUUCCAUUGAUGCGGUUUACAUUCAGCGGGAUUUCAGUUGAUUUAACAUACGCCCAGCUCCCUGUUGUUGAUGCAGUUGAGGCUAUAAAUACAUCUAGUCCUCAGUUUCUCCGGAGACUUGAUUCACGGAGCUGGAGAAGUUUAUCUGGGGUUCGCGUUAAUGAACAGAUCGUGCAGCUAGUUCCAAAUGCAAAGAAGUUCCAAGUUCUGUUGCGGUCCAUAAAACUGUGGGCUAGGAGGCGAGGACUUCAUUGCCAUUUGCUGGGUUUCUUUGCUGGGAUUCAUUUGGCAAUUCUUGCAGCAUAUAUUUGUCAGAGAUAUCCAAAUGCCACUGCCAAUGGUUUGUUCACCAUGUUUUUUGAGAUAUUUGCUCACUGGGAUUGGCAAAUUCCAGUAAACCUGCAUGGUCAGCCAACUAACUGUAAGCGCUCAGAUGGGUAUUACAUGCCCAUAGUGAUGCCUUGUACUCCACCGGAGCUCUGUAUGUCUAACAUGACAAAAUGUACCUUCAAGAAGAUCAGAGAGGAGCUUAUGCGUGGUUAUGCUUUGACCAAGGACUUGUGGAGGCAUGAUUUUGAGUGGACAUGGCUUUUUGCACCUUUCCCGUAUGCGACAAGGUAUCAACAAUUUCUUCGUAUUGCUCUAUGUUCUCCAACCUCUGAAGAACUACGUGAUUGGACUGGAUGGGUCAAAUCCCGCUUCCGUCAGCUUAUUCUCAAGCUGGAAAGAAAUGGUCUCGAGUGUGACCCAUAUUCAUCAGAGGAAGUUGAUCAUAGAGUCAUCAAGCCAAACAUCAUGUAUCACUGGGGCCUCAUCUCUGAAGCAAACACUUACCUUGAUAUUAGCUCUCUGAGAGAAGAUUUCAUGAAAGAUAUCAUCAAUGAUGUCUAUGGCAAGGUGAAAUGCAGACGCUCGGAGCUGACACUGUCCGUCGUUGGUUCAUCGCAGCUGCCAAAAAGCAUGUACAGCGACUCAGCUUACCUUGGGUACAUGCCACAGUAUAUGGUGGGCUACCAGCCAGCACCUGACUGCUGGAGUGCAGCUGGCUAGGACGUGGGUGGAUCAUCUUGGACUUACUCCUUGCUAAUACCGCAUCUUACAUUGAGUUCAACCAUCGUCGGACACUAUGGAUCGGGGUCCCUUUUGUGCUCCUUGUUGCCCCUGGCAUAGGGAAUCUGGAGACCUGGGUAACCUUUCUUGAGCUCCCAGGCACACAAAAAAUCAUAAAAGCUGACUUGGUCCUGUUGUGUGAUGAUUGUGCAAGUGCACUUGUAUAGUACUGAUCAGUAUUACAGAUAACUGGUAGCAAUGGCAUCUAACAUGUAGAUUUACAUUGUGCUCUGCUCGGCAUUCAAGUGUAAAUUCUUUUUCGAGGAAUCGGUGGUGGUGGAAUGGCAACUUGGGAAGCCACUGAAGAUGGAAGUAAUCUCUACAGGAAAGCCACUGACAAUUUUUGGUUCUUCUGUGAGUUAAUCACCGCUGCUGCCUGCUGGGCGAAAAUCAUCCGGAUCAAGGGCAUUGUAUAUAGCUGUUCUCAUUAGCAUGUGCUGGCUACCUGGUGUAAAAACAGAACAAAGAGCCUUUUUUUCCCCGUCAAAGCAUUCAUCUGUAAACUUUUCUCGCUGACAUGAAUAAGCUGUAAACCAAAACAAAUUCAGUCGAAACUUGUAAGAAAUAAGUAGAAAACAAAUUGUAAGUAGUUCCUUGUCAACAAUAUGUGGAUGCAUGUUGGCAGUGGCA